UGUCGCAAGUUAGGCACAGGUAACGCCGCAGACAACAAACUGUCACGUGUAGCUACGACAGCUAUUAAUCCACAAAACUCCUUGUUUGUAAAUAAUUCACAGCACCCCUCCCUUCGCCUCUCAGCCACUGCGUGCUCUUCGCAAGACCUAACCAAUCGAUGAGAAACACCGUAACAGCAAAACAGGCAGUGCGCGAUGAUCAGCAAUAACUGCUGCUAGGCAUUUUUUUAAUUGAGUAGAAAUUAUAUUAACAAAAGUUAACGAAUCAGCUAUGUACUGAUGUUACCCACUUGAUAUCUUACCUUGGAGUUCUUGAAGUAACAUAGGUAAUAUAGUUAUCUGGCUAAAUAGAUGACUAUCUGUUUCUAAAAACUUGAAAAUAAUUACGUUACACUAUCGGAACUUUGGUAUACAGCGAUCUGGGAAAACGUGUUAUCAACUCUGAAUUAGUUUAAUACUUCUCUGGUUUCGACGAGUUUGGUCUUUAUGGAGAUGUGAAAUCUCAUUGAUCCCGACCUCAGUCACAUUUCACAUUGACACAGACCGAGUAGGGAGCGCGCGCUCGGCACUGCGGAGUCCGGAGAAGGGUCCCUCCUCCAGUCGGGGAUUUAAAUCGGAAGAAAACAACACGAAUUCUGCGGAUACGCUCUACUCAAGUGAUUCGGUACACUAGAGGAAGACAAAAAGGCUCGGGAAAUCUGAAAGGAAAUGCCAAUCGCUGCCGCUGGUCAACCGACGACACAAGAGCCUUGCGUUUACUCCCGGCUGCCCGCUACUCCCGAUCCCAUCCCAAAACGGGGUCAUCUUCGCGCGGACACGGGGGUGCAGCCUCAGGAGCACAUUGACUACGCGGGAGCGGAGGGGGGCAGAGGACCCGGGGGCCACAGCAGCAGGGUUUUUCCAGAGCCCGGAUCCUCCUCUCAGUCGCAGUCUCCUCCUACCCCCUCCCCCUUCGCCACCUCCUACCCCCAACACCACCCCCAUUCCCCGGCCAUGGAGCCCCCGAGGACUCGGUCGCGGUCGCGGUCUGGAUUCUACCAGUACAACAUGAGCAGCGGGGCUAACGGCAACAACGCCGUUAAUGCCAGCGCCGGCUUCGGCGUCCCUCAUCCACAACAGCACAACUCUGGGUGCAUGCCCCGCGGGGGACCCAGCCCCUCAGAAAUCCAGCGUACCCCAGGAAGUAACCUGCCGCCCAGCGCACAGAGACACGCAGGGCCCGGCGCACACCGAAACGCCGGGGCAGGUAAGCGAUUUUCCUAUUACUUUUAUGGUACUGCUUACGGGGGGCUGCGGGUUCACAUCCUCAUCGGGUGCUUCCACGGUCCCCUCGGGUCCCCUCUUAACCUGAGCAGCUUCACUCUCUCCUCCCUCUUACCCCCCCAGAGUGAGGACUGCCCCAGCCCGAAGCGUCAGCGCCUGUCCCAGCAGUCAGUGCUGGAGCUGGCCGUCGCCCCCCCCUCCACGCCCGCGCCCCCCCUGCGCCCCGGGGAGCUCCCGCACAGCCGCAGGCCACACCCCCUCCCCCACGGCCCCGCCCACCCGCAUUACGCCCCCGAGCGCUGCCACACCCCGGCCCGCAGCCGCCGCAGCCCUCCCGUCAGGCGUCAGCGUGGUCGUCGUGAGCGUCUGACCCGCCAGCACCACGCCCACCACGGCUCCCCCGGGGGGGGGCAGGACGAGAACUACCACCACCCCCACCUCGCCCCCCACCACGGCGCCCACCACAUCCCCCACCCGCCCCACUCGCACCCGACCCACCCGUACGGCCAGCCGCCCCCCCCGCCCGGCCUGGAGGAGCCCCGGGCCUUCCACCCCCCCACCCUGUCCCCCCGCCUGCUGCACCCCGCAGCCCACCCCCAGCAGCAGAGCAUGGUGAUGGACCUCCACGAGCAGCUGCAGCAGGGCACGGUGCCGGUGUCGUACACUGUUUCGCCGGUGCCCCCCCACGGGCUGCCGCCCCCCCUCUGCACGGGACAGCACCUCCCCGCCUGCUCCUCCCAGCAGCAGGUCCCGGGCUGCUCCGUGGUCUUCAGCAGCCAGCACUACCCCGUCUGCAGUGUGCCCCCCCCAAUGCUGCAGGCCUGCUCAGUCCAGCACUUGCCGGUGCCCUACGCCUUCCCCUCUCUCCUCUCCAGCGACCCCCCCUUCCUCCUGCACCCCCCCCAUCUCUCGCACCACCCGCCCCACCUGCCCCCGCCGGGGCAGUUUGUGCCCUUCCAGACGCAGCAGUCCCGCUCGCCGCUGCAGAGAAUCGAAAAUGAGGUGGAGCUGCUUGGGGAGCACCUGUCGGUGGGCGGCGGCUUCGGCUUCCCCCACUCGGCCCACGCCAGCGCCAUGCCCCCCUCCACGCCUCUGCAGUUCCUUUCCCAUGAUCCUCUACCUCAGGAGCUCUUUGGAGUGCCGUACCCCCACUUCAUGCCUCGGAGGGUCACAGGGAGGCGCUACCGCUCCCAGCAGGCCGUGCCCCCCCCGCCCUACCACCCCAGCUUCCUGCCCUACUUCCUCUCGAUGCUGCCGGUCCAGCCCACUGUGGGACCCGCCAUCAGUCUGGAGCUGGACGUGGACGACGGCGAGGUGGAGAACUACGAGGCGCUGCUGAACUUGGCGGAGAGGCUGGGGGAGGCUAAGCCGCGCGGACUGACCAAGGCCGACAUCGAGCAGCUUCCAUCCUACAGAUUCAACUCCAACAACCACCAGUCUGAGCAGACCCUGUGUGUGGUCUGCAUGUGCGAUUUCGAGUCUCGCCAGCUGCUGCGAGUCCUGCCCUGUAAUCACGAGUUCCACGCCAAGUGUGUUGACAAGUGGCUGAAGGCCAACAGAACCUGCCCCAUCUGCAGAGCGGACGCGUCUGAGGUGCAGCGGGACUCCGAGUGAGGGGGGCGGGUCCAGCCCCCCCGUCUGCCCUUCUGCCCCGCCCACCUGUAUAUAAGCCCCUCCCCCUGCCCUGCAUCUGCAACCUCACCUGGGUCCUGUUUCUCCUUUCUUCAUCUUUUCAUUCACCCUGUCCCCUCUUUCUUAUCUCUCUCCAUUACAACACACACACACACACACAUGCUCGCGCACACGCGCACGCAUACUCACACACGGGCACACACACACACACACGCUCGCACACAGGAUUUCCUUUUGCACUGCGGGAGUUAAUGUGUACCUUUGACAUGUUACAGUCUUCUAAACUGCACCUGAACAGACUGAAGCAUUCACACGGUUGGUUGUUUUUAACUGACUGUGACUGUAACUCCAAAGGUUAUUGUUCUGAAUAUUCUUACGGUCAGUAUGAUGGUGUGUUUUCACCUGGUGAUGGUGUUCUCUGCUGUGCCAUGUUUUGAACUCUUGCUCUGUGUGUGCGCGUGUGCGUGUGUAUGGCCGUGUGUGUGUGCGCGCUUGUGCAUGGGUGUGUGCACGUGUGUGUGUGUGCUAUAACAUUCCCAGGUAUUCAGACAGUUUUGCGUGUGGCUGUGCAAACUGACCAUGCGUUUAAGGGGGAAUUAAAACAAAAACGGACAAAGAAAACGUACAGAUAACAAGCUCAAUAUUAGGUUAUAGGGUAUAUUUGAGGACUGGAGUACUGGAGGUGUGUGUGCGUGUGCGUGUGCGUGUGCGUGUGCGUGUGCGUGUGCGUGUGCGUGUGCGUGUGCGUGUGCGUGUGCGCGUGCGCGUGCGCAACACCGUCAUUGCCACGGCGAUGCAGAAAUCCCAGGCUGCCUCUCUCUGAAAUGGGUCCCCUUUUUUUCUUUUUGGUUGAGUGCACAAUAUUAGCUGUGUAUUAUUAUUAUUAUGAUUAUUUUUCUUAAUGGUUGUACAGAUAAAGGCACAUAAACGUGAUGCGGUAUCACACUGAGAUGAUUGUGUUUACGGUAGAAGGGAAGCACACACUCGUAUUUUUGGUUUUGUUUGGACCGGUUUCUGUAGUAGUGAGCUCGAGGGUGUGGUGUGCGCGUGUAUGUGUGCGUGCACGUACGUGUGUGUGUGAGUGCGUGCCUGUCUGUAUGCAUGAGUGUGUGUGCGCGCCUAUGCGUGUGUGUACCCGUGUGCGUGUGUGUGUGUGUGCGCCUGUGUGCGUGCGUGUGUGCGUGUGCCUGUGUGUGUGCACUGAGGUCAGCAGAGAGAUUUGGGUCUUGGCUGAAACUGGGGAGUCUCAGUUGUGGGGUCCCCCCCCCCUCUCCCCACUGUGUUUCAGGUUCAGGGUGCUGAAAUCAUGCGUCAAUCCCAAAGUUCCACAUUUUCACCCGAAAUCUUCAGCCUGACUCCCAUUCUCUUUCAUCCCUCUUCUCGUACCCCCCCACCCCCAACGCUAACCCCCCGACACACACAGCCACUGCCCACCCCCCCCCCCCCCACAGCCUCCUGCUCCCAUCCAUCCGUUUUCCCGCUGAAUAACUAGAAUAAACAAUUUUUCCGCCCGGAGCCUGCAGUGUCUUAAAAAGAGAGGCCUUCUCCUCGUCUCCAGCGAUAGCCGAGCCCGUUACCCGUCCCAAAACCCGGGUUCCACCGGCCCGUCUGGGUUCUCCUUAUUUUAGGAUCAUUAUCUGGUGUGUUUAUUUUUUCCUCCCCUGCUUGGUACACUUGCAGUUACCUCAUUUUUACUAUUUAUGUAUUUUCAGAAUUUGCUAAACCAAUACAAGAGCUUCUGAAUUUGAGUUCUUUUUUGUUGUUAUUUUUAUUUUGUUCUAUUAAAUAUACACAACGGUAUCAAUUAACAUGAUGUUGUAGGUUCACAUGUAUGAUAACUGUAACCAAAAUCAUUUGAAGGCUUGAUAUAAAAAUUUUUAACAGACAUUUGUACAUUUUUUAUGAGAGUUAUUACCAGUAAUGCUUUACUAAGUAGUGCAAUGAAUUUUUAUUUUUAAUCCCUGUGCCCAGUUUUCUGGAUUUGAGAGGGUGGUUCAGUAAUAAAUGUAUAAUGUACACUUC